GCGUGACGUUGUUGAUUAUUAUGUAAGAUUGGCCCAGGUCGAAUUUUCUCUUGCUAUUUCUAGCGAAUUCAUUCGUAGGAUUUUUUAGACUACAGUGCUUAGGGGUAUUUGAGACCAUUUUUCAUUAUAUGUCGAGACCAAGUUCGUAAGAAUGAAGUUUAUGUUAUCGCUUUCGUUAGUCAUGAUUUUCGGUUCCAGCAUUUUGUUGCCUGACAGCUGCUCGGCAUAUCCAUUUCACGCGCAGUGCAAGUUGCAGUGGUCAUGGGCUGGUACGAACUGUUCAGUUAUUCACGACGCUUUAAAGCGUCAGGCAAAUAAAUGGAGCAGUUCGGACAACUGCAAACAGGGUGGAGAGAAAUGUCUUUACAAGGUUGUCAGUGACGAAGGUGGCCAGUUGAAGUUGACACAUACCACACCGGUAAAAGAGUACGUCGACAGCAUUACGUUCACCUUCUACAGUUCGGGGAUAGAGGAUUGUGCAAACUCAUUAGGCGCGACCAAUGAUGCCGAUCGUCCAAAACGCAGCGUCACCGUGAUUGAGAAAAUACGCUUCAUUCCAACUGCUGAAAAUAGCUGCACAGUGAGUGGUUACUCUAAAUCCAACGUCUGGUACGCGUUUCUGGACUAUGGUACUAACUAUUGUAACAUGCGAAACCUCGCCGAGGGAGCUGGUCUUGUCGCUCUACCGAAUUUUAAAGAGGAAACUGACGAUAGCAUUUGCACCAUGUAUUCUAGUGCAGACUGUGAAAAGUAUUGAUACCUUAUGAAGUCUAUGGCAUAACAGAACUCGUGACAAAUCGCAAUUUUCAACAUAAAUAAUUUCGAGUCUUUUUUUAUCGUUCUUUUGAAUUUUUAGUAUUAGAUGAUAAAGAUGCCUGCUCCGUUACACAUUUGUCAA